AUGGAUGCAGUGGUAGUACUGUGCCAUUUCUGUGAGACUCAUGGUCCGGCCGUGAUUAUGUGUACUCAACCUCUGCGUCAAGUCCCCUUACCGCUUUCGAGAAAGACUUCCACUGGUGCAACUCCACUCGCUUCGUCCAGCUGUGGAAGCUUUCAUGCUGCCUCCACAUCGGCUUCUCAUGAGGGCAUCAUCUGGCCUGGAGAACAUAAUGCCUUGAUGUAUACAACCAUUACAGCUGAACUUAUCAAUUCGACUGCACUGCCCCAAUCAACAGGAGCUGUUCAAGAUAUUGGCGGUACUCGAGGAAAAACCACUUCUUGUCGUGCCUGCUCCAUCAUCACUCAUGACGAAAUAGGUUUCGUUAGUCAUGACUCCUCUUCUAAAACAGAUUACGUUUCAACACAAUUCCCCAAUGAUGUUGAGCUGCUGAAAGCCAUUCGAACUGCGUGCAUGAGGAGUCUGUCUUCGGAAAUUGUAACAUCUGAAGAGGGACCUAUGUACUUUGGUGAUGAUGUUAAUAGGCAUGUGAUGAGUUAUAACUUCUCUGUAAAGGAUUCAAUGGCAAGAGGAUCUCAAGUUAGAUAUAGUUUCUUGCUGAUUACAUGGAACCAAAUCUUCCUGAUGAAUCUUUGGCCAUUCCUUGUGCGAUGCUUCAAAACAAUGGCCUCGCGAAUCAAAGCAGCAUGUUUAACGCUAUAUGAGGAGGAAACGGCUUCGGGAUCACCCCCAGGGGGAGGUAUAGCUACUAUUACAACGACUGCUGCUGCUGUCGCUCGUUCGGCAACUCCACCUGCGGGAGUGAAUUCCCUUCGACUUUGUCGCACGCCACCCCCACCUUCAUCUGGAUCCACACUUGCUCUUCACCAACAUUUAACCACAGGAGGGCAAUAUAACACCGCAUCAAGAUAUGGUAACACUUCAACCGCUAUUGGAAACCCGAAUAACUCAACUACACCACCCGGCCGUGUAGGUGGCGUGGGUGUGGUUGGCGUUGGUCUCGGGGGCUGUCCUACUCCCGCACCGCUUUCGUCUAGCCAAGCCGUGGCUGCUGGAUCUGCCCUCUCAUUGGGAAUUCAGAAUACUGUGAAGAAGAUGAAGGGACUGAAAAUUUCCGAGAGCGAAGUUAGAUCAUUGGCAGAUCUUUGUAGAGAUGACCAGAUUUACUAUAGAGUGCACGCUUGGUUCACUUGGCUCCUCCGUAUCACCUCUCGUGUCUGGGUACCGAUAGAAUUGAAGAAUGGAGCACCCUUGGACGAAGACGAAGCUGUUGAAGAGGAGGUUAAAAAUAAUUCGGGAAGCAGUAUCAGCAGCUAUCUUGUUGAUCCCUCCACUCUCGCUCUGGGUGUUGAUCUCGGUUGGACUGAUGGGCAAUUGGAUGUUGAGGCUGCUGUCCAAAUGCGUCUUCUAUCUGACCUCUAUAAGUGCAUUGGAGAUGUGAAUUUCCAGCGUCUUGUCUACUAUCUCGGCAUUGGCAAUCAGGUUAUCGUUCGGUCACAAGUGAAGUCCAAAGUUGGUGCCUUUACUACAGUCUCCCUGGCUCGACUUCUGCCCCGUGGAUGCAUCCGAUGUGUAAGUGCACAUACCACCUAA